AUGAGGAAUCCUUAUGUUGCUCAUUUUCAGCAUCGAAGACGUUCUGAAGUGAGGAUUACUCUUGUUGGGUGUCAUACAAAACCCAAAAACGCGUAUGAUGAAGUACGAGCAUUGGUAACUGAUGUCUAUCCUUUUGUAAAAGAUGAGGUGAUGAAAUUGGCAAAUGAACGAACUAAGAGUAAAGAACUAUUUUCUAUGGAUGAUUUAAUGUAUGCAUUUGAUAAUCUUAAUAUGUACGAUUUCAAUUUCUCUAAAUUUGUUUCCGAGAGGAAAGAAUCCAGAAAAAAAGUUUUCGAUGAACCUAUAAUUAUGAUGGGAGAUUUUAAUGCAUCAGGAACCUAUCUUAGGGAAGAUGAAUGUAUAGAAGUUGACAGAUUAUUGCAACAAAAUAAGUUAGUAUGGGGCAUUAAUCACGGUGAAAAUACUAUGGUUGGGUCAAAGGCUUCGUAUGAUCGGUUUAUUUUUGAAGCGGAGGUGGCGAACAAAAUGAUCAAAAGUGUUAAAGUGUGGAGAUUCAAUAAGGAUUGGUCACACAAUGAUCCGUCUAUUGUCGAAGAAGCAAUAAAAAGAAAUUGA